GCUUUUAGCGAUUCUUCCUGAACUUGGGAAUCCCAAGUUGGUAGGAACUAGUCCGGUUCCUGUGAUACUCAUCGAAGCAAACGAAGGCAUGUCAAUUUCGGACUCGAAACUUUCGAAUGAAGACCGGACGGUAGUAGAUCUUUGCGUGUACGUGUAAACUCACUAGAGACGAGGAAGUGCCAACUGAACGAUGCUUCAUAUGCAGAGAACGUGAUUUUGUUUGCCUAGUAUCCGACUUGACUGUGUCCUCGAAUUCAAGUUCGUCAGUUCCAAUGACUGAAAUCCAUUCCAGCUCUAUUCCUUCGCCGCAGUCAGCUGAGAACUUGGAGGAGCUCUGCAAAGGCGAAGUCAAACUACCCAGGGAGCCUAUCCAGCAACAUACGGAAACAAAUAUGAUACCCCUAACGCUUCAGACCCUACCUCCGAACGAGAACGAAGAGCCUAGUGAAGACAUACAGCCGGAGUGCACACACGUUACACGUUUAUCGAAUUCUUGUAUCGAACCAGACGCUGAGAAAACCGUCUCCGCCUCUCACGAUGUUCCUGGGAGUCAGUCGAUUUCUGUCAAUUACGAGGAACCUCCAGUAGGAAUGAUUUCUGGAUGGAGCCAUGAUAAGGACUCCGCACAACUGCCCGCAGGAAUCACCGAAAUCACUCCAAAAGCAUUGGACGUUGAGCCUGGUCUCGAUUCUGAAGAUCAGACGUCUUCGAAAUUGGGUGAGAAAUCGAUAGCUGAAGCCUUGAAUUUCGCUGGGUUGAACAACUCCGUUCGGCCACCUAUUCCUAAAUUAUUGCCUGAGAAGAGAGGGAAGCUUCCCUCGAUAAGGCGGGAUCCUUCGUCGGGGAUUUUAGAUGUACCCUUGUUGAUCGAACAACAGAAGAGUAGUAUCAAGAUUAUCAACAAAUCGGUUAAAAUUUCUUCAUUAAGGGACUCCACUGGUCGUCGGAAAUACCAUGCGUCUUCGAAGAACAAACAACGUAUUGGACCUGUUACUCGCGCUCAAACGAUAAGAGCCGACGAGUCGCUGCUGGAAAGUCGUAAUCAGCGUUCGAAGCGUGUUCUUAGGCCUCGCAUUAAACGUGAAAAGUCGCAGACCCAGGAUCUUCCCAUUCCCAUUACCCUUCCUCAUAUUACUCCUACUUCACGUGUCCCUCAAAAGUCCAACAUUAGGUUAACGAUCAGCAUCCCUUCCGCCCAUAUUCCUCGUUUAGAUGACCCACCAUAUCCUUCGAUUCCGGCUUUGGCUGUAUCGGACUUGCAGAAUGUGUACGCUUGCCGAUCAUCUCCUUCGCCCCAGCCUAUACCAAGUCUAGAACGAACCGAAUCGUCAUCGUUGUCUCCUCUCACCCCAUUAGAAGAGGAUGAUGAUUAUUCACCUGUUAAAAAUUGGAAAAAUGUUUAUGAUAUGGUUGCCGAAGAUACAAUGGAUUGUUCCUCUCCUUUGACACCUUUGACCGAUGAUAGUUCGCCUCUGAGAGAUCGGGAAACGUAUGAUACGUGUGCUGAAUCUAAACCCAUGGGCGGCGACGGUCAGGAGAACGUGCACUAUUCCUCAUCUUCCUCUAUGGCAUCGUGCUUGCAGGGUAGCUCACCCGUAAGCGGUCGGAAAUCUAUUAAUAAUACGAAUAAACAACGGACACUAGGCCAAAAACAAGUAGACAUCUCCUUGAUACCCUCCCCAUCGAUACCCUCAAAUGAAGAAAGUUUGCCCGUGCAGGACUGGAAUGAUAGCCUAUAUGAUGGCUCCAAGAACGUAGUGAAAAGUUUGAAGUUCACCAAGAAAAAGGAAACACUUGAGGAGCCUCAGAAUGGCAGUAGCACGGACACGAUCGAAUCACACUCCACUUUGUCAUCCACCAAGGAGCAGAUGCUAAGGAAAAGUGCGGUUAAUAAUCGACUGAUUGCGAUAAACGAUUUGGAACCACUCGAGCCAGGAGAAAUACGCGAGAGCAACGCAGUAUAUGAUGCAUAUACCGUCCCGCCGCCAAUGCAGACAAGGUGGCAGUAUUUCAACCAGGCCCUUAUGGUGCAAUGGAUGGCAUUGAAUGCAUACGUCCCAAACAUGAUGGCAUCUAGCCAUAAUUGGGGACUAGCCCCCUCGGGAAGCGAACUCCAAACCCCUUGCUAUCUUCCAGUGCACAACUCCUCUAGUGAUUUUACACCAUCGUCAUCGGCUUCCCUGUCAGCAAGUCCAUUCUCCGUCCAUACUGCUCCCACUCCUUUCACAUCUCCAGCCUCAGGGUAUUCUGGCCCUACCAGUACUGCUGCUUUUUCGCAGUAUUCAUCCCCAAGCAUUGCUUCCCGUAUGUCUCUUGCCCCCACAACAUGUGAACCUACUCUAAAUACCUCUCUCGAGCCAAUGCCGAGCCCAGCGAAGUUGGGAUCUGAAAAGCUAGAUGCCUCGAUCCGGCCCUCAAGGCCUAUAUCUCCGACUCCGGUUUCCAGUUUUUCCCCGACUUCCUUAUCUUCGAAGGUACCCUUUCCACCAAAGGCUAAGCGCGGCAGGAAACGAAAAAUUCCAGAGAUGGAAGCGUUCAAUUCCAUACCGCCUUUGAAGCGAAUCUGCCUACCGGCAGAAGAUGAACUUGUUGGCCCAGCUACGCUUGACACUCGUGUUCCAACACAAGUACCACCGGAAAUUCGAGUUUUAAUAGACGCCUACACGCAGAAUACACCAAUACUUGUUAUCGCCUCCCGGGAUGCGACGUUGGCGUACUGUGGCGAGACCAUAAGUAAAGAUUUACCUACAGAAUUUCAAUACAUGUAUAUGGGAUUUUUCAAAGUUUCAUCUAUUAAGGAAGAUCGCGUUUUUCGACCUUCCCUCAGCUCUGUCGUCGGUGUCCUAGUGUCUUCUGACUACGCGUCUGGCACAAUUCAGUGGAGGUUCGAGCUCGAAUGGAUAAGCGCUGGUGAAGACAAUCUAGGUAUCCCAUCCCAUCUGAAAUUAAAUAGACCAUGGUGGCGAGAUGCAACAAAUUGGGAAGAGCCCUUUGAGGUUUCCGUAAUUCAAAACUUGCCGUCGGAAGACGUGCUCAUGAACCCUCUUGUUAGUAUUGCAGUGACCUCAUCUUCGCCUGUCACUAGUACUUCAGCAGAGGUCUCCAACGUGAAUGACUCGGGAAGUCAGGCUCCGCCACCCUCUUUAGACCGAUACGAGGCCGAUUCCAAUGACACCUUCCCGCUUGAAUCUUUGGGGCCUCUUUGCCCCAGUAUCAUCUGGCUUGCACUCCUCGCAUGUAACGAUUCAGUCAAUAUAGGUGAUAUCGGAUCACCGAAAGGUUGGUACUGCAACUCCUGCGGAAAAUUGAACCGCCAGAGGUUUUUCAAGAGAAGAAAGUGCGAUAGUUCAUUCUGCAAGGACACUCUUAUUACAGCAUGCAAUCCUUACCGUCUCGACGUCAUUCGCUCUGUAGGACAACAAAGCCCUCUUGUCUUCCCCUUGAAUACAGUGCCUGAAUACAUCGAUCCCUUGAUAAGCGAGUGGGACGAUGGUAUGAGAACAGUGACCUAUCAUGUGUGGAACGAUAGGAUCGUCGAACGCCUGUUAGAUCAAUAUGAGCACUACAUUCGUCUCGCAAAGCAAACUUCAUCAACUAUUUUGCCCUUGCACUCGGAGCCCGUUUCUUUCUCCAGUCGAGUAGUCAAGCUAGAAGCCAUCGACAACUCGGAGAUGGAGAUGCACAACGCCUCGGAUUUCACAAGAGAAUCUCGAAUACUCCAACUUGCUCAGACCUUUGGAAUCCUCCAGAUAGCCCGAGACAUACAGGAAACAGAGCCACUUACUAGCUUCUAUUCAAGAAACCGUUAUCUUGCAGAAAAAGCCGAUGGCCACGACACCCUUUUUUUCGUAUGUCGCUGGUGACGUACAUGAAUGCUCUUUCGCUUCAGGAUUCAUCGAUGCGGAAGUCACGCCGGUAUCCUGGAAUGAUGUACCACCAUGCAUCAACCAAACCCGGAGUCUCUUGCAACAUCUCGGGACAGUCUACGG